AUGGAAGAUGAUGAUUACUGCAUCGUGGAGUAUGCACAAUUGGAUGCUGACGGGAUGCGCCUUUCAAAGGAAGACUGUGCACUUGCAAGAAAGGCAAAGGAGGUUGCCUGUCAACGUGACCAAAUUUUGCAGCUCCUAGGCGAGAUUAAGGACUCAGUGGGCUCCUUCGACGAAGCUCGCCUGCUGUAUCGCAAUUGGAGGGUGAGAGUACUAAAGUCAUUGAGACGACAGCGGAUCUUUGACGAAUUACCAGAGUUCUCCGGCGUGUGUGGUUCUUGCAGGCAGGACGUGGGGUAUUACAGUGUCCACGCGAUCGUCAAGAGCGGCUCGGUUGAAUGGAUUUGCCACUCAUGUGACGUCAUGGAUAAUCAGGACCUUGCAGAUUUGCGGGCGGCCGUAGAUGCCAACCUCCUCAAGCUGCGAACCUCUUUGAACGAGCUCGCGGAGGUGGCCUCCCUUCAGCAGGUACAGAAGCUGAUCCGCAUAAGGGACGUCUUGAAAGCAUCUGCAAAGGCCCCGGGGGAACGAUACGAAGUGCCUCGAAUCGGUGGUCACGAAUUCUUCGAGUGGAAGCUCUUAGUGAUUGACCCCAUGCCCAACUUUCCUAAAGAGGAACUAGAGAGGAGGGAGUUUUGUGCAAUGAUGUCUACAAAGGAGCGGGCCGAUUUGACCAGACUAAUGAAGCAGGUCGAAAGGCUGCAUCAACGUUAUUUUCAUACGGAUUUGCUGGGGCUGAUCGCCGAUUCGGUGAAGACGCGUAACAUGCACAUGCAGAAGCGCUUCGAGACGAUUCGGAAGCCGGCCCUUUUCGAAAGCCUGUCGCCGGAGGCAGCCAAGGCCCUCUGGGAUGCACAAAAGGGCAAGUGUUCGAGCUGUGGGGACGACAUGCUCUGGAGCAGACUGUUUGGCGGAGGCUGGCUUUGUCCUGAGCUCGACAGGACGGAUGUUCAUAUGGCGCAGUCGAUUGCUUUUGGUAGAGUGGCCAUGCCUGUACAAGCCUUUCGUGAGAGGGAGGAGAGGAGCUACCGAGUCAAGAGGGGGCAACUACCAGCCAGGGUGCACGUUUUGGAGUUCGGACAGGCCGUACUAUGCAACCCCACCGGGAUGCGGGAUAACAAGCUGUGUGCAGUUGCGUUCCCGUCGAAGCCCCUGCUUCAGUCCGUGAAUGCGGUUUUGGAAAACCAGUUCAGGAUUGGGGAUAUGAGCACGGACGCCUUGCUGACUCACAUAGAGACCUUGCAAGAUGUCGAGGGUGUUUUUGAGGUGAAUGACUGCUUCUGCCAGUUGGAGAAUAGGAAGACCUACUACAUGGUCACUCAGAUUCUCAAUGAAGGCGAUGAAGCAUUCAUCUCUGAAAGAGUUCUCGAAUUUGACAACUGA